AUGGUCAUCGUCUCGCCCGCUCAAAAGGCAUCGCAGGCCAGGAUCCGUAAUCAAGGUUUGCUCGAGGCAAAUCGAAGGAAAGUGUUCUACGACGAUCGACCUGUCAAGUUGCCGUCGCCUUUGAAUCAUGCCGGGCCAGCCAGCGCUUCUCGGCUGAUUGCAGAUCGCAGCGAUUGCACGGCACCCAUGGGGAAAUUCAGCCAAGAACUCAUUUCCAAAAUCGCGCACAAAACAAAACCAAAAAAAAAGCCAGGCCAAAACGUGCCUCGCGGAUCCUCGCCCUUUGUGAUGCGCUCACUCUGCAUGAACCUCCUGCAAGACCUCGCUCCUCAUCUCGCGCCCUUGUCCUGGCUCGAUGCAUCUUCGCCCACCCAACGCAAGACCCUCGGCGCCAAGACUGGGCGGAAGCGGCUCAGCGGAAGCAUGUUGGAUGCCGUACCUGCCAACGCCCUUCGCCUAGCUUGCGCUGCAGCCCUCGGAGCCUGA